AUGGUCGCGACUUUCUCGCCGCACCGGGACUCAGGUGGAACCCUUCAUCUUCCAUCGCACUCGGGCAUCCAUCACGUUGAUGCGAGUUCCGCCAUCCGCCAGCUUCGGCGCUCUUUGUCGCGCUCGCCCUCCAAGAGCUCCAACUUCUUCCUCAAUACCCGCAAUCAAUCACCUUCCAAAUCAACCUACGUCUCUUCUCCCUUGUCUCCAUCUCGCCGUUCCUCACAGAGCAACUUUGUGCUCUUCCCUUCAUCUGGUCAGCCCUCACCUCUUGCCGUCCCUUACCCUCCUAGUGCCAAAAUUACCCGGCCGGCCAUGCGACGACGAACGUCCCCACGCAGUCCGGCCAAACGCGCUCUCGCUGUGUCAGCGGACAACGGUAACACUACUCCAUCUCAACCGAUUGCACCACCGCCAGGAGAGGAGAAUGAUCUGACCCUCGACGAUUUGGCUGAUCCUACCGACGUCUCGAUUUGUACGAAUUUUGGUAUAUCAACUACCCCGGCUGCGCCGCAGAGUGAAACUCCUUUUGCGCCUCGUUCCACACUCUCGCGCAUCGAAAAGCGGCGAAGUGGGACCUUUGGCUCAUUUGCGACAGUCAGUCCUCUGAAGCGAAGUGACGGCAUUAUGAACCUCGACCAGGCCUCUCGAGGGAGUCCAUCUGCAAAGCGACGCAGCAUGCACGCGCCCAACUUCACCGAUUUUAGUAUAUUUGAUAACAACUGCGAAACUGCGCCGACAAGCCCGACAGAAGGGGAAUCUUCUUCUUUCCCUACUCCCAUCCAACCAUUCAGUCCAUUCGCCACUAUUCCCAAGCGCUCUUCCUCUCUGCGACGCUCGACCUUGCAGCAGAGACAGGGAGAACGACCUCUGUUUGGCAAACCCCGAGGUCCUGGGGACGGUGACAUGCCUCCUGGAACCCCAUUGGUAGUGCGCCCACGCAUGUCCUUUGAGAGUGGUUUAUUCGAGAAAGGACAGGACAGUAGCAACCUGUUCUCACCACGACCCCCAGCCAGUCCUCUCUUCUCUCCCCACCCUAACAACGCCCCGCCCGCCCUCAAUGUCACCACUCAGGCUCCCCGGCCUUCCGCCCACCCUCUCUCUCGAACAAUCACUCAGUCCUCUUCCGGCUCCAGUUUGGAUGAUUCGCCAACUCAUGAACCGACACACAAGACGGGUCCGCCGCGCCCCAUCUUCAAUUUCUCCAAAUCGCUUCCUGCUGGUGCGAGUCGCCCAGCCCCCGUGCGACGGCUGACCCGCGAGGAUUCUGGAGAAUUCGCGACACCAAACAACUACAAACUGGUGAAGCCUCUUCCCGCUGCAUUUAUGUCAACCGGGUUGAUCUCCAAGAAGAAUCGCAAUGCGGAAGAUCCCAAUGGUGCUGGUUUCAGCAAGAACAUGCCUGACACACCUUGCAAGCGACCUGUGAAUCUGUUCACUGCGGGACCUAACCCACCACCAGAGCGUCUGUUUGAUAAAUCUCAAUCCCGACUUAGGGAGUCCGAGAUUGCGCCCGAAUCACCUUUCAACCCAACUCCGUUCGUCGCACGCUCGAAGCCUGGACCGUUUGCGAAAGGAAUGGGCAUUUUUGGCAACUCCUUCAACCGGCCCGAGGCCUCUCGCCGCGGCAGCUUCGUCAGUAUUGACGGUGAUGAUAUGCAAGCCGAAUCCCCAUCGCGGCCUGACAGCCAACCACUCACUGAUUCCGACUUCCCUCCUACUCCCACCAAACAAACUUUCCUUCCCUCGGUCACUUACCCUCCUUCGACCUCCCAAAUCGCUUCACUCGAGCGGUUGUCCGAAUCCAAUUCCAGCGUUCAUUCCACACCCUUGCGUGAGCGCUUCUUGCAAGUCACGCCUCAAACUCCCCGCGAUCAAUACUUCCCUCCGGACCCGAGUGGAUUCUCCACCAACUCGAACGGCCUUCCCGCCACCCCCACUGGGCCCCGAGAUUCCUUGCUUGCUAGCAAGCGCCCCAGUCUUUCUUUGAGUGGAUACCAAGCUCCCGAUGUGGAUCCCAGCUUGACUGCACGCUUCGAGAAGGUUGAGCUGGUGGGAACUGGUGAGUUCUCAAAGGUCUUUCGAGUUGGUCAGCCGCAUGACGCCUCCGUCCCAUCGGUCUUCUCGCUUGCCUCUAGCGGUCCAAAGUCGCCCACCGACUUGCCUCAUCAGGUGUGGGCUGUGAAAAAGAGCAAGCAGCCUUAUUCUGGUCUGAAAGAUCGUGAACGUCGCAUUCGCGAGGUCGAAGUGCUCAAGACUAUGACCAACACUGACCAUGUGAUUCACUUUGUCGACAGUUGGGAAGACUUUGGUCACCUGUACAUCCAAACAGAAUAUUGCGAAGAGGGCAGCUUGGAUGUCUUCCUUGCUCAGGCUGGCCUGAAGGCUCGUUUGGAUGACUUCCGGAUCUGGAAGAUUUUGCUGGAGCUCUCAUUGGGAUUGAAGCACAUCCAUGACCAAGGCUUCAUCCAUCUUGACCUCAAGCCUGCUAAUAUCCUGGUGACCUUUGAAGGUGUUCUCAAGAUCGCGGACUUUGGUAUGGCUGCUCAUUGGCCAGCCCAGGACGGCAUCGACGGUGAAGGUGACCGCGAAUACAUCGGACCUGAGAUCCUGAUGGGCCGUUUCGACAAGCCUGCCGAUAUCUUCUCCCUGGGUCUUAUUGUGUUUGAAAUUGCCGGUAAUGUGGAGCUCCCAGACAACGGGGUGUCAUGGCAAAAGCUUCGCAACGGUGAUAUGAGCGAUGUCCCCAGCCUGACCUGGAGCUCGGAAACGAGUAUCUUCCGCGAUGCAUCUGGAAACCCAGUUUCCGAAGAAUCAUCGUUUGAGGAUCUCUGUGCUUCGGAUCUAGGUGUCGACGAUUUUGGUGAUGACUUCCUCACAAGUCGCCAGCUGAACGCUCCCAAGCCCUCGCGGCUCGCCCGCAGUGGCGAACUUGUCGAUCCGCCCGACUUUAUGAUCAAUGCUCACCACGCCCAAGCGCUCGACAAGAUUGUCGGUUGGAUGAUCUCCCCUGAGCCCCGUGACCGACCCACGGCUGAUCAGAUUCUCGAAACCUACGGUGUUCAAUUCGUGAACCAGCGUCGCCGUGCAGGAGCUACUGUCUUCGAAGGCAAUUUUGGCCCUGCCGACGAGAUUCUGGCCGAAGACGCCGAAAUGAUCGAUGUGUAA